UUCAGUGCAAGGGGCAGCAUAUCUGCCGUGGUGUGGAUGUUUGUCCAUCAUGUGCAGAAUGGAAACCUGCUGCACGUUUCAUGCAGGUAGCAAGUGCUGGCAAGGGGGUGACAGCUUCAGGGUAUUGCUACUCUGGAUGACCAAAGAUACUGGCACUGCACCUCUGAACUGCUUCAUUUGAACAUGGUGGCCAUGGUAGUUAGCAUGGGGUGAGGUUUAAAAAGCUGUGUGGUUCCUGGUUCUCAGAUGGCAGUAUUUGCAGGUUGUUUCAGCCUGGCCCACAACUUCCUCCUGCUGCAGCCAUGGUGACAGACAGUUGCUCAGGGGACUGAUGAAGAGGGACAGCAGAACACAAAGGCGGCUGGUCAGAAGGGCGUAGGCUCAGUGGGAGACCUGCUGGAGCUCUCCUCUGUGCUCUGUGUUGGUCUGUCUGCCUCUCUGACCCAUGGGGAAUGAGCUCCCAUGGCUUUGCUCUGGCUCGUCCAGCCAAGAACGUGGUGGUGUAUCGCAACGGUGACCCCUUCUUCCACGGGAGGAAGUUUGUAGUGAACCAGCGGCAGUUCCUGACCUUUGAGGCAUUUCUGAACGAGGUGACCAAGAGCAUUCAUGCACCCUUGGCUGUGAGGAAUCUUUACACACCCAAGCAUGGCCGUCGCGUUGCUGAGCUGGCUGACCUGCAGGAUGGGUGCCAGUACGUGGCUGCAGGCUUUGAAAAGUUCAAAAGGCUUGACUAUUUAAAUCAUGGAAGGAAGGAGCUCCGUGGGACAGACAGCAGCAACAGUGUGCAGACCUGCACCACAGCCCCCUGGAAGCCAAACAACACUGCAGUGCGACAGCAGAAUCCCACCCACCUUACAGUACAUGUUUUUCGGAAUGGGGAUUUGUUGAGCCCUCCUUUCCAACUGACGAUUUCCAAGAGCACUUUCUGGCAGUGGGACACACUCCUGGCUAUGCUGACAGAGAAAGCUGAUCUGUGCAGUGGAGCUGUUAACAGGCUGGAUGGCACACUGGUGUCCAGUGGGGAGGAACUGGUGAAUGGCAACUACUAUGUGGCAGUGGGAACUGAGGAGUACAAAAAGCUGCCUUACUUGGAACUGCUGGUGCCCCAGGACUCUGUGUGCAGGACACUCUGGCAUGGACUACAAGCAAGUCACAAACUGCUGUCUCAGGGAAAAGGGAUGACAACAGUUCUGAAGAUGAAGAGCACUGCAUGAUGUUUUUCUUGGCAGCAAAACUACUCUGAAGAGUUAAAGGACUGUGAUGAGAGGGCAGAUAAGUAAACUGCUCUCUGCACUGCUGUAGGUAACAAAAGAGGCGAGUACAAGGUCUGUUUAACACCACAGACUCGCCAAGGUUUUUGAUGUAUU